GAGUUACCCGGAAGUCUCAUGUUUGUGUUGGGCUGCGUUGCUUGUUGUCGCUUGGGGCUUUUAGACUGGUCUUUACUGCUCCUGUGCUCCAUCUUCGGUACCAGCAUGAAGGAGCCGUCCGUCUCUCCGGGGCCGACCCCAGUCCCCGUUUUUCUCACCAAGCUCUGGGUUCUAGUGGAGGACUCGGCUAAUUGCGAUGUGAUCGCUUGGAACACGAAUGGACAGACCUUCAGCAUACUGGAUGAGCAACGGUUUACCAAAGAGAUCCUUCCCAGAUACUUCAAGCACAGCAAUUUGUCCAGCUUCAUUCGGCAGCUUAAUAUGUAUGGCUUCCGCAAGGUGAUGAGUUUGGAGAACGGUCUUGUAAAAUCUGAGAGCGCCAUUGAGUUCCAGCAUCCUUUCUUUAAAAAAGGGAGACCGGAGUUAUUGGAACACAUCAAGCGUAAGGUGAACUCGGUAAAAACAGAAGAUGCUCAUCUGUCCCAGGACAAUUUGCAGAAGGUUAUUAAUGAAUUAAAAGUGCUUCAAGAUGGACAAUCCAACAUGGAUUUCAAGUUGGAUACAAUGAGGAGGGAAAAUUAAAUUCUUUGGAAGGAGGUUUCUUCUCUGAGAAGGAAGCACAGCCAACAGCAGAAACUUCUUGCAAAGGCCAUUAACAAUUGAAGCUUCACAGUCCUCUUCCCCUAAAUACAGUCACAAUAUGCUGCAGCUUACAGAAGGAGGAGUUAGUGAGUGAUACACAGCAGGUGAUUCUAAUGGAUGAGACUGAUGUGAAUCUUCAGCUGGAGGUGGAAGAAUCUCAUUACCCAAGCAGCUCU